GCCGCGCGGUCGCCCGAUCACUUCCGUCUGGGACUUCACCGCCCGGAGCGGCGAUUGGAGGAGCGCAGGCAGGACACUUCCGGUGUCCAGGUUCUGGUCUCGGGUGCCGGGGAAAGAUGGAGCCGCGCCGCGCCGCCCGCGCCUGGGCCGUCCUCGGGCUGCUGCUGGCCGUACUGGGCUGCGGCUGCGCCAGCGGCCCCCGCACCCUCGUGUUGCUGGACAACCUCAACGUGCGGGACACGCACUCGCUGUUCUUCCGGAGCCUGAAGGACCGGGGCUUUGAGCUCACCUUCAAGACCGCCGAUGACCCCAACUUGUCCCUCAUUAAGUACGGGGAGUUCCUCUAUGACAAUCUCGUCAUCUUCUCCCCCUCGGUGGAAGAUUUUGGAGGCAACAUCAACGUGGAGACCAUCAGUGCCUUCAUUGACGGUGGCGGCAGUGUCCUGGUGGCCGCCAGCUCCGACAUUGGUGACCCUCUUCGAGAGCUGGGCAGCGAAUGCGGGAUCGAAUUUGAUGAGGAAAAAACCGCUGUCAUUGACCAUCACAACUAUGAUGUCUCAGACCUUGGCCAGCAUACUCUCAUCGUGGCCGAUACUGAGAACCUGCUGAAGGCCCCAACCAUAGUUGGAAAAUCAUCUUUAAACCCCAUUCUCUUCCGAGGAGUUGGAAUGGUGGCAGACCCUGACAAUCCCUUGGUUUUGGACAUCCUGACAGGCUCUUCAACCUCUUACUCCUUCUUCCCAGACAAGCCCAUCACCCAGUACCCCCAUGCCGUGGGAAAGAAUACCCUCCUCAUUGCUGGGCUCCAGGCCAGGAACAAUGCCCGGGUCAUCUUCAGUGGCUCCCUGGAUUUCUUCAGCGAUGCCUUCUUCAACUCAGCAGUACAGAAGGCCACGCCUGGUGCCCAGAGGUAUUCUCAGACAGGCAACUAUGAGCUAGCUGUGGCUCUCUCCCGCUGGGUGUUCAAAGAGGAGGGCGUCCUCCGUGUGGGGCCUGUGUCCCAUCAUCGGGUGGGCGAGACUACCCCACCCAAUGCCUACACUGUCACUGACCUGGUGGAGUAUAGCAUCGUGAUCGAACAGCUCUCCAAUGGCAAGUGGGUCCCCUUUGAUGGUGAUGACAUUCAGCUGGAGUUUGUACGCAUCGAUCCUUUUGUGAGGACCUUCUUAAAGAGGAAAGGUGGCAAGUACAGUGUCCAGUUCAAGCUGCCCGAUGUGUAUGGUGUAUUCCAGUUUAAAGUAGAUUACAACCGGCUUGGCUACACACACCUGUACUCUUCCACUCAGGUGUCAGUGCGGCCACUGCAGCACACACAGUACGAGCGCUUCAUCCCCUCGGCCUAUCCCUACUACGCCAGUGCCUUCUCCAUGAUGGCUGGACUCUUCAUCUUCAGCAUCGUCUUCUUACACAUGAAGGAAAAGGAAAAGUCUGACUGAGGGGCCAGGGCCCAGGACUGGACAGCAAGGAGAUGGGCAGAGGAUUUUAUUAGAGCAGAUUGCUUGGUGGUUGUUUUUUUAAGGCCAUGGGGAAAUGGCACAGCCUUACCUCAGUGGGUGAUGAUUGAGUACCAAGGGGUGGGGGGCUGGGGGACAAUUCUUGUGUAAGUUUUCCCAUCUUGAAUUGCUAUGUUGCAUUUUUCACAUGCAGUCACUCCCCAUUUCUAAAAUAAAGAGAACUGUUGCCCGCACGGGGCACUUG